AUGGCACAGCUAGUUUUGGUGUGGCUGGGUAGCGAGGAUAAACAUACACCAUUGGCAUACGCUGGAUUUAGUCGGAUUUCGUCUCUGGUUUCAGGUGAAAGCUCUGAAAUGCUCCCAAAAGUGAAAGCUGGCGACGAAAUAUAUGUAGAUUUAUUCUACCGGGAGUAUCUACUUGAGGGCACAGAACGUACAGUCAAAUUGAAGGGAGAGCUGUCACUGCAGGAGACCGAGGCGAUGGGCCAGCUGAUGGAAAAAUCUUAUUGGUAUCGCGCAUGGAUUGUACAGGAGUUCUGCCUUGCCUCUACAGCAGCUUUCCAUUGUGGAGAAUUUUGCAUUUCUUCGGAAGUUAUGGUAAGGACAUGCAAAGUACUUGCGGAUUCAACAAUUGGGGACCAUGAACGCCAAGGAUCUGAAGUUAUUCGCAAUUUUACCCAGAAGCAGGGGGUAGAGGUUCUUUAUUUGAUCACGUUGAGGUCUUAUGCUUUUUAUCCAUCCAAUCUGUUGUUGUAUCUCAACAUCUGUAACAUGUCUCUUUGUACCGAGCCCAGAGAUUAUAUGUACGCUUUUGUAGGGCUGGAUCCUACAUGUGGUAUUGCCAUAAAUUAUGACAUCAGCCUCGAAAAUUUACUCGACGAGGUUAGAAAAAUGGAAAUAAGAGAGCAGGAAAGUUUACUAAGGCGAAGGCAUCUCGGUUAUGACAGCAGAGACCUCAGAAGAAAUAUGCUAGGUGAACAAAAGCCAGUCGAGGAAGCCUUGCGAAGUCUAAGAAUGAGGCUGGACUAUCAUAUUGACAAAUCAGUCAGAGGUUUUCGAAAUUGGAUAACUAGCAGGAAAGUUAUAAGAAAAAUUGAGAAAACGACUACGACAUCGUGA